CAUAGCAGUAACACAGUCGGCAGUAUUCACUCAUUGCGCAUUCAUUCAGCUUUCAGCAUGCAAUGCAUGCAGCUCAACAGUUUUUUGCACGGGACGCUGGUGGACACUUGUUUCUAAUAACAACACAAAAUAAAAUACGUAGGCUACUGUGGCGCGUGUACACAUGGUACACCGCUCUUUUGAGUUAAUUUUAACAUUUUUGUCGCCAUCAUGAGUGGAAAGCUAGCUCCAAGCAAAAGCACUGUUUAUGUUUCCAAUUUGCCGUUUUCAUUGACGAAUAAUGAUCUUCACAAAAUAUUUGAAAAGUAUGGGAAAGUUGUGAAGAUAACGAUUUUAAGAGACAAGCAUACAAGAGAGAGCAAAGGAGUGGCAUUUGUUCUCUUCUUGGACAGAGAUGGAGCACACACAGCUGUCAGAGCUCUUAAUAAAACAAAGAUGUUUGAGAGGACCAUCUCAUGUAGCAUAGCCAAAGACAAUGGACGGGCUCCUGAAUUCAUUCGCCGUAGAGAAUAUCUUGACAAAUCUAGAUGUUAUGAGUGUGGAGAGGAGGGCCACUUAAGUUACAAAUGUCCAAAAAACUUGCUAGGGGAAAGAGAACCUCCCCCCAAAAAGAAGAAAAAGAGAAAACAUCAGGAUGAUGAGCAGGACGCGAACAGUGAGGAAAGCUCUGAAAAUGAAGAACCAAGCUCAAGUACUGCUGGCAUAGAUGAGUCCUUGGCAGCUGCAAUACAGUAUCAGCAAGCCAUGAUGGCACGUGACAUAUCAGCGGAGGAGGACGAAUCUGCUUCCAAAAGGAAAAAGUACAAGAAAGAUGCAUAUUUCAGUGAUGAAGAAGAACUGGAUGAUUGAGGUGGGGUCAGCAGCAUGAAUGACUUGAUGCACAGGGACAUGGUUCCGUGGGACUGCAUUGAGAUUGUGGUGACAGCUCGGUCAAUAAUUUAAUGAUGCAUUCCUGUUAAAGAGCUCUGUGAAAGCCUACAGACUUCUGACUUGUGGGUAUUUGAGUCUUGAUACUCUUCUAUAAAACAGCUCCGGAUUUGACAUGAGAGGCAUCGUCUGCGGUAUGUCUCUCAGAGACUACACAAAUGCACUGGACAAAUGGCACAUGAUUGAACUUUGAGCAAAGUUAAUUGCUCACCUUUAAGAGUUUUGACUUUGGACUGCUUAAUUAUGCUGUCCCUGUCGUUUUAUGC